AUGUCUAUAAUUGGAGUAUUGGGUGGUAUUUGUUCAGGAAAAUAGUUAUUUUGUUAGUUAAUGAAAGAAAUGUAUGACUAUUAAAUAGUUUACUUUGAUCAGGAAAUUGAUCUGAAUAAAACUGCUAUGCAGAUAUAUAAUAACUGGAAUACUCCUACAAUUAUCACAGCAAUCACCACGAAGGAGCAGAUACGAGUCUUGAAGAAAAGAAACUAUUUUCAUUUAAUAUAUUUGGACUCACCUUCAUUUACAAGAUAUAGAAGAUAUUGUGAAAAGCAUGAAAUAAUUAAGUUUGAAGAUUUCGUGAGACUUGAUGAUAAACAAAAAUAUGAUCUAGAUUUCUUAGAGUUGUCAAAGAAUUGCAAGGUUUAUCUUAAAAAUAAUACAAACACUUUUGAAGAAUUCAGAAAUUACUUGAAACAAUAAAUGGCUAAGAUCAUUAGACCAUUUCGACCUGAUUGGGAUGUAUAUUUUAUGAAAAUUGCAUAUACAGUCAAAUAAAGAAGCAAUUGCAUGAAAAAGAGUGUCGGGGCGGUGUUAAUUAACAACAAUAAAAGAAUUUUAAGUACUUCUUAUAAUGGAACUCCAAAAGUGAUGAAAAAUUGUAAUGAAGGAGGGUGUGAUGUUUGCAAGGAAUCAUAAACUUUAGACUUGAUUUUAUAUAAGUGUAUGUGCAUUCAUGCAGAAGAAGGAUGCAUCUUAGAAUUAGGAAUCACACAAACUAGAAAUACUACUUUGUAUACAACUUUGUUUCCGUGUGUUUGGUGUUGUAAAGCCCUUUUGUAAGCUGAAGUUUCAAGAAUAGUUUAUUGUGAAUAAGGCAACUGGGAUCUAUCUUUAAAAAUUAUAUAAAAUUUAAUCAAAUAUGAUUAGAUAGAUAUUGAGCAAUAUAUUUAUUGAGUUUUUUACAAAUUAUAAACUAUGGUAAUAAUAGUAUUAAA